CCCUCCCCCCCUCCCCCCAAGCCACGCUCCUCCCGGUACACAACAACUCAACUUUCUGCUCGUGUGCCACCCGCCGAACCUCCUCCCUUAGUAUCGAGACCUACUCCAACCGAUGGCCACAACCACUCAGUGACACCUCGUGGCGACCUCACAGCAAUUACAUAUUCCUUUGUUUCUUCAUAAAUCCACUCCCCAACAAGUCAGUUGCUCUAGCUAUUGGACCGAAAAUACAACGCCAUGUCGGGCAAUACUACGCAGGGUGCUGCCCUCACCCGUGACAACCAAAGCAUCGAGAACUUCGCUGCCUCUAUUGCAACCGGUGCAGUCAUUUUUGGUAUACAAAUGGUGGCCUUUCUGAUUCUCAGUGGCAAUUGGAAAAUCACUAGAUCAGCCCAAAGUAAAGAAAACCCAACGGAACGACAGAGUCUCUUCCACAAGAUCUAUUACUACAAGACUGCCUUCGUACCCAAGCGCAAACGUAUCCAGGAGCCUACAACUGCUAUCGAAUCUAUCAAAAAGGUUUUUACCAUCACCGAUCGGGAGCUUAUUCGUGUCGCUGGUGUCGACGGCUACUUAUUCCUGGAAUACCUACAACUACUUCUCAGGAUAUUCAUCCCACUAGGUUUCGUCAUUUUACCUAUUUUACUUCCUGUCAAUCAUAUUGGUGCUGUGCCUGGCGUAUCCGGACUGGACUCUUUUGCCUGGCCCAAUGUUGCCGUGCCUUCAAAAGUCAGGCGGCUUUGGGCGCACUGUAUUCUGGCUGUCGUUGUCAUCGUUUGGGUCUGUUAUAACGCCUUUCAGGCGCUGAGGAAAUUCGUACGGUUGCGCCAAACGGUCCUGACCACGCCCGAGCACCGCAUUCGGGCCUCAGCAACGACUAUCUUGGUUCAGAGCAUCCCUCGAAAGUGGCUCACGGUUGCCGCUCUUGACGCUUUGUAUGAUGUCUUCCCAGGCGGUAUCAAAGACAUCUGGAUUAACCGGAAUUAUGAUGACCUUCAGGAGAAGGUGAAUCGCAGGACGAAGAUUGCUCGCGCCCUCGAGGCCGCCGAAACUGAUCUAGUCAUUCAAUGCGUGAAGAAGCACAAGAAGCUCGAAGAAAAGAGGCUGAAAGAAGCUGGCAUGAAGAAGUCUAGAGCCGAGAAAAAGCAGGAAGAAGAUGCACACAAUGCGCAGAUUGCACAGGCUCCACUAGAGGAGGGAGUCAGUUCUGGUAAUCCUCAUCAAAUUGAGCAAACACUUCAGCAGGUCCUUAACGAUGAUUCGUCAUCAUCAUCGUCAUCAUCCCGCUCCUCUUCACCGGACUCUCGACGUAAGCGGUCUAAAUUGCCAAUCCCUAUCCUCGGAGAUGGUAUCCAGGUAGUUGGUGACGGCUUUCGAGACGUAGGUAAAAUGGGCCAGAAGAUGGUUGGAGGCUUCAAGGGAGCUUUCGGUGGAAAACGUGAGCACGAACGUGAUCGUCACCAUCGCCCGGCUCAGCCAGAUAGCCCAGCCCAGUUCGAUGGUCCCGAUGACAGGCCUCUCUCUUCCCCGACUUCCCCAAAGGAUUUUGAUAGGAGACCAGAUAGUACGGACACUUAUACGCCUUUGCACGAACCUAGCAAAGAGAUGCUCGAAGCGGAACUUACGAACUCGGCGCCGAACUCUCCUCAGUCGGUAGGCAAAGCAGUGAAACCUACUGCAUCAACCUCGAAGACCAACCCUCUACAAAUCAUAAAGAACUCGCCGAUCAAUCCUCUCAGGCGGAUGAGUGAUUUUGCCAGUCCCCAGCCAUUCAGAGCCGAGGGUGAGGAAUUUCCAUUGGAAGUCACGGGUGGAGAUAAGCGCAAGUAUGAUUUUGCUGGAGUGUACCGUGGUGAUCUCGGAGACGAGGACGACCAGGAUGCCCUCUGGAGGAAGUACAUCAAACCCAAAGACAGGCAAACCAUGCGGGUUCCUCUUUUCAACAAAUCUUGGUGGCCAUCGCUUCCACUCAUUGGCAAGAAGGUUGACACAAUCUAUUAUUGUCGCAAGGAGCUUGCCCGCCUGAACCACGAAAUUGCCGAGGACCAAGCACACCCCGAGAACUUCCCACUCAUGAACUCUGCCUUUAUUCAGUUCAACCACCAAGUUGCAGCGCAUAUGGCUUGCCAAUCACUCAGUCAUCAUAUUCCCCGCCAUAUGACUCCCCGAACCGUCGAGGUCAACCCCAACUACGUCCUCUGGGACAAUCUGUCGAUGAAAUGGUACAUGCGUUAUGUAAGGUUCUUCAGCGUCAUCGUUGUGAUUGUGGGCCUGAUCAUCUUCUGGGGUAUUCCCGUCUCGUUCACUGGUGCAUUGUCUCAAGUCCACACAUUGACGCAAACUUUGCCAUGGCUUAAGUGGCUCGAGGAUCUGCCCGAAUGGCUAUUGAGUUUUAUCCAGGGUGUAUUGCCACCUGCACUGCUCGCGGUCUUGUUCGUCCUACUGCCAAUCAUCCUCCGCUUCCUUGCUGAAGUCACUGGAGUAGUCACAGCAGGCGAGCGAGAGCUUCUGGUCCAAAAUUUCUACUUCGCAUUCGUCUUCAUCCAGUUGUUCCUAGUCGUAUCCAUCUCCACCGGUCUCACGACAGCGAUUGAACGGUUGAGUAAAGAUCCGCUCGGAGUGCCACAGACUCUAGCUCAGACUCUUCCCAGGGCAGCAAAUUACUUCUACUCGUACAUGAUUCUGCAGGCUUUCAGUAUCAGUUCAGGUACUCUACUGCAAGUCGGAUCUGUUUUCAUUCUACUUUUCAGCCGUUUCCUCGACACGACUCCCCGCGAGAAGGUUUCCAGGGUUUUGAGCAGACCAGGGAUUAACUGGGGUAAUAUGAUACCGGUCUACACCAAUUUUGGUGCCAUCGGUAUCAUUUAUUCCGUCAUAUCUCCCUUCAUUACGAUCAUGAUGUUGAUCACUUUCAGCUUGUUCUGGUUCACAUAUCGCUACCAGAUGAUCUAUGUCUCUUAUGCCAAGGCUGAGACAAAUGGCUUGAUAUUCCCCAAAGCCAUCAACCAACUCUUCACGGGUCUAUACUUCCUCGAGUUGUGCCUCAUUGGCCUCUUCUUCCUUCAAAAAGAUGGCAGGGGCAAUGUAACCUCAUUUCCCCAGGCUAUCAUCAUGAUCAUUGUACUCGCCUUCACAGCCAUCUUCCAGGUUCUCUUGAAUCAAGCCUUUGGAACUUUGUUCAAAUAUCUUCCAAUCACAUUUGAAGACGAGGCUGUCCAGAGGGAUGAAGAAUUCCAGCGUGCCCAGGCCAGUCGUUGGAGACAGACUGAUGAUGAGGAGCAUCGAUCUCUUACUUCGGAACUAGAGGAUAAGGAGCGAGAGGAAAGGCGCGAAAGCCGCAGGCUAGAGGAAGAUGAUAAGCAAAAUCAUCGCGCCUCAAGAUCUUACAACGCGCACGAGUCCAUUGAAAUGAAAGAAAUCGAGGAAGGCCAUGCCAGUGCUGGUCGAUCACGACGGAAGUCAUCAUGGGCGGAUCGUUCGCGAUCACGAUCGCAGUCUCAAUCCCACCAUCACAAAAAGAAGUCCUGGAAGAAGGAGAAUCCUCUGGAUAAGCUCACUGAGGUUAUGAGGGGGGGAAUAGAGGAUGUUACCAGGCCGGUACGCGACAUUGAAGCUCAAAUCUUGCCCUCGACCAAUCUUUUCGACGAUAUUGAUGGUACUCUCGAAGACAUCGAGCCGGAGUCGAGACAGAAGCUCAUCAAGCGUUCUUUCCAGCAUCCUGCUACACGUGCUAUUCAGCCAGCCAUCUGGAUCCCUCAUGACGAACUGGGUAUCGCUAAGGACGAAAUCCAGCGCACUGGACAGCGUACUGACAAGGUGUGGAUCACUAGCGUGAACGCCCGCAUUGAUGCCAGCGGGAACGUCAUGUACAAGGGUCUUCCACCUGAUCGUGACCCGUUCGAGAAUAUUGAAGUCUAAGCGGUGCAAAGAUUCAACUUCUCACUGUGCUUUCAUGUUGCAUAUCGUCAUGUGCAAGCCUCUUGGUUUCCUUUAUAUCUUUUUCUCCUUUACUUGUAUGUUUCUUUGUUUCAAUCAUUGUACCGGGAAAUGUCAUGGGCCGGUACUCUUUCUUACUUUUCCCUUAUUGCAUAUCUGCAUAGCGCUGCACGCCGAUUGGAGGAUUAUGAACAGUUUCAGUUAACAUGGCGGACUGUAAUCAAGUGCCGAUACCCCUUCUGAUAGCGUUUCCAUUCCAUUUCUCCUCCUGAGUUCGGUCCCAGCCGGAUCGUUACUGCAUUGCCAGACAGUACAUAAUGAAUUGAUGUACAAUUACGAAAUAGAUUAAUUCU